GCUUACCGAGGAGAAGUGCGACUUCCUGUCUUGAGGUACACUUGAACUUGAAUAGAUAGGCGUGUAUAAUUGAACGCGUGUAUAAUUUACUACCGGUAGUUAUUGGGUUGAGAAAGAAGAGUUGUGCUCUAGCAGAAGGAGGAGCAAGGAAGCCGGCCAGCAUCAGCACAUCCACUGUCGAUCGACUAGGAUCAUGGAAGCGUCGGAGAUUUCUCGUGUUCUUCGCGCACCGCAUUUGUCGGGUCGCCAGGAAGAGGCGAGCAGCAGCAGCAGCGGUCGCUUAGGACCGUCGUGGCUGAAGUCUUUGCUCUCGGCUUCGUUCUUCGCGCACUGUUCUCGACAUGCCGGAGGGCACAAGAGCGAGUGCAACAUGUUUUGCAUUGAUUGCGAAGAUGGCGCUCUCUGUUCCUAUUGCACCUCUACCCAUUCCGGUCACCGCAUUUUGCAAAUCCGUCGCUCGUCGUAUCACGAUGUGGUCCGCGUGGCCGAUAUCCAGAAGCUUCUCGACGUGUCGCAGAUUCAGGUCUAUGUCAUCAACAGUGCGAGGAUCGUCUUCCUGAACGGCCGGCCGCAGUCGAAGCCCGCCAAAGGAUCGGCGUACGUGUGCCGCACGUGCCAUCGAAGCCUGCUGGACUCGUCGCGAUACUGCUCGCUUGGGUGUAAGCUGACCGGCAUAAAGCGGCAAAUGGCAGGAAGACGAACACCGACAACGACGAUGAUGGAGAAGCUUCAGAUGGCGGCGGGAGAGAGAGGGGGAGAUGCAAAUGAUGCAGGUGGCGGGUCGGACGAUGAUGAUGUGUUCGAGAGCCGAGAGGACGACGAUUGGGCCAAGGGAUUGACCCUUCAGCUUGCCUCUCGGGAACAUCAUCAUCAUCACCAGCAUCAUAAUCACCACCAUCACAAUUAUCACAACGGCUAUCAAAGGGUGAGAAGCGGGAAUGCAGCGGGGGGAGGAAGUCGAGAGGCGGCGGCGGAGAAUCCUUACGACGCCGAUCAGCGGCAGCAGCAGGUGGAAUACCACCACCAUCACCAGCAGCAGCCGCAAACGCAGCACCAACGGCAAAGGAGCGAGCCGAAGCCUUGCGAUUCGGAGGAGUCGGUGGAGACGUCGAGGAAGAUCAUGAACUGGCGCAAGAGAGUGCUGCCUCCGCUGAAGACGUGGGGCAAUGUUAGGGAGGAGUCUGGGGAGGGAAGAGAGGAGAGCACGGAGGGUGAGGCGGAAGAAGGGGAGGUGGAUGAGCGAUCUUCAUACCUGUCGGUAGUGCCACCGUCAACCCCUCCUCAGGUUGUCCAGGAUGAUCGAAGGGUGGGACUUAAGAGAAGAAAGGGAACGCCCCAUCGAGCUCCUCUUUGGUGAAAACAGCUGUGGCCAUGAUGGUCCCAGAAAGGGGAAAGGAGGAUGAUGGGCAGAUAGAGAGAGGGGGGUGAACAGAGAAGGGACACAGCGUGACCAUAAGGGACGGUAUUGGAGCUAACGGAAUGCCUCAUUCGUUUUGCUUCCUUUUCCGUCCGUUCCCUUGCGCGUUCUGUUCUGCCUUUGUACAGUUCAACGAGAAUGAUUGUAUUGUUACGCUUUUGCUUUUUUCUUCUUUUUUUUUUUUGAGUGGUUUUUUCGUUUGCUUGUGCUUUGCGACGUAGAUCAGGAUAUGGUUUAGGAGUCUUCUCUCUCUGUGUGUGUGUGUGUGUGUGUGUGUGUGUGUGUGUGWGAGAGAGAGAGAGAGAGAGAGAGGGCAAUGUACAGCAUAGAACGUAGAGGAUAGCGCUGUUCGUGAACGCUCGCGUUUUACUAUUUUUACCAUGGAAUUGCUAUGAUCACCGGCGAAGGUUGGACAAAAUGUUGGCCUAGCUGCUGAUGGGCGGGGGAGGAAUUGGAAGCGGGAGUGCUCGGGGGGGCCACGGGGGUCAGGAGCGGGGUGAAGAGGGCCUGCAGAAAGUCCGAUGCGGGCAUUCAAGAAGGCGAGAGAUGUGUAGAUAAAGGGCUCAGCGGAAAGCGUUUGGGAAUCGCAUUGUCGUUAGCGAAGCCUGGCUUUGUCUAGAAAUUUCCCCAUUCGAGUUAUUAUUAGCUGUUUAGUCCGAAAUGGGAUGAUGAACGACGUGCGCUGGUUGCUUCAACGGUGAAUGAAAGUACGACUCGAGGCCCAACCAGGAGUACGGAUGCAUUCGGUCGGAAAAGGGGAAUGAGAGGGCGUUUGUGAUGACUCUGAGAGAGAGAGAGCGGAGGCCAGCUGCUUGAAGGGGUGUAUAUUGCACACCUGGCCUGCGACGCCGUCAUCCACAGAUUAUAAUUCGUGCUAAAUUGUGCCUUUAUUACGGGAUCGGAGGCAGGAAUUCGAGAAUUGGAAGGAGGUUGUCGACGUGGCUCGCGGGUUGGGCGACACGUGGAGGUCACCCGUCCGCCUUUGGCCGGUAAUCGACAGCAGAAGGACGAUUUGGAACUCUUAUGGUUUCUCUUCGCAGGGUUCGCGUUAUUGGCUCUCUAUGGAACUCAUGAGCGGCUUUGAGAAGUUGGCUGGCUAUCUGUAACCGCGCGGCCGGUUUGAGACGACUGAUAAUGACUACUAUAAAAGCAUUUGGCUGGUUGUAUGUAUAACCGAG